AUGAUGAAGGUCUUUGCCCUUACACUCCUCGGCCUUUUGGCCAACGCAGCGACCGCAAUUGAGCUCACUGCCGAUAACUAUGACUUCGAAUCAGAGGGAAAGACUGUCCUCAUCAAAUUCUUUGCUCCAUGGUGCGCCCAUUGUAAGAAAAUGAAACCAGAUUGGGACAAGCUCAUGGCAGAAUUUGAAGACAGCAAAACCCAACUGGUGGCAGAAGUGGACUGUACCAGCGACGGAGGCAAGCCGCUCUGCGAAGCCAACAAUAUUCGUGGAUACCCCACGCUCAAAUGGGGAGAUCCGGCGGAGUUGGAAGACUACUCGGGGGGACGUGAUUUGGAAACCCUCAAAACCUUUGCGCAAGAGAACCUAAAGCCAUUGUGUUCUCCCACGCACAUGGAAUUGUGCGAUAAGGAUCAUCAGACGGAAAUCAAAAAGUACCUCGGUAUGGGUGCCAAGAAAUUGCAAAAGCAAAUUGAUGCCAAACAAAAAGAAGUGUCCAAAGUAGAAGCCGAUUUCAAAAAGCAAACCGAGCAGUUGCAAAAACAGUACAAAGAUGCCACGGCCAAGAAGGAUGAAAAAAUUGCCAAGAUCAAGAGAGAUGGAUUGUCGCUCAUGGAAAAGUGCAUGAUAAGUUUGAAGAAAAAGGUGCACGAUGAGCUCUAG